UUGUGUUUUAUUGACAUAACAUAACCAAAAACAAUCUGUUUUAAUGUUAAUUAUUUUUCAAAUAUACAAUGUCUAUUGAAAUAGAAUCUGCCGAUGUUAUUCGUUUGAUACAACAAUAUUUGAAGGAAGCAAAUUUAGUAAAAACAUUACAAACCCUACAGGAGGAAACAGGAGUAUCGCUCAAUACAGUGGACAGUGUAGAUGGAUUUGUAGCUGACAUAAAUAAUGGUCACUGGGACACAGUGCUCAAAGCUAUACAAUCUUUGAAGCUACCUGAUAAAAAGCUCAUAGAUUUGUAUGAGCAGGUUGUUUUAGAAUUAAUUGAAUUGAGAGAAUUGGGAGCAGCGCGUUCUUUAUUAAGACAAACGGAUCCUAUGAUUAUGAUGAAACAGCAAGAACCUGAAAGAUACAUACAUCUAGAGAAUCUGCUUGCUCGGUCAUAUUUUGAUCCACGUGAGGCUUAUCCAGAUGGAAGUACAAAAGAGAAAAGAAGAGCAUAUAUAGCAACUGCCCUUGCAGGAGAAGUUUCCGUAGUACCUUCUAGCAGAUUACUCGCUCUUUUGGGUCAAGCGUUAAAAUGGCAACAGCAUCAAGGUUUAUUACCACCAGGUACAACGAUAGAUUUGUUUAGAGGAAAAGCAGCAGUGAGAGAUCAAGAAGAUGAAAAAUAUCCUACGCAGUUGUCAAAGCAAAUCAAAUUUGGACAAAAAUCACACGUAGAAUGUGCACGUUUUUCACCGGAUGGUCAAUAUUUGGUCACCGGUUCUGUAGAUGGUUUUAUAGAAGUUUGGAAUUUCACAACGGGAAAAAUAAGAAAAGAUUUGAAAUAUCAAGCUCAAGACAAUUUUAUGAUGAUGGAGCAAGCUGUUUUAUCAAUGUCAUUUAGCCGUGACAGUGAAAUGUUAGCAGGUGGUGGACAAGAUGGAAAAAUUAAAGUAUGGAGAGUACAAAGUGGUCAAUGUUUAAGGAGAUUUGAAAAAGCACAUUCAAAAGGGGUUACUUGUUUACAAUUUAGCAGAGAUAAUAGUCAGAUUUUGUCAGCUUCAUUCGACACCACUAUAAGAAUACAUGGAUUAAAAUCUGGUAAAACACUUAAGGAAUUUCGAGGACAUACUUCAUUUGUCAAUGAGGUUGUGUUUGCGCCUGAUGGUCAUAAUAUUAUUAGUGCUUCCUCAGAUGGUACAGUAAAGGUUUGGAGUUUAAAGACAACGGAAUGCAUAGGAACUUACAAAUCUUUAGGUGCUGCCGAUUUAACAGUUAACAGUGUACAUCCUCUUCCAAGAAAUCCAGAACAUUUUGUUGUUUGCAAUCGAUCAAAUACUGUGGUUAUUAUGAAUAUGCAAGGACAAAUAGUAAGGUCAUUUUCCAGCGGUAAAAGAGAAGGUGGAGAUUUCGUAUGCACUGUUGUAAGUCCACGCGGUGAAUUUAUUUACUGCGUUGGUGAAGAUCUUGUACUUUAUUGUUUCUCCACAUCAUCUGGCAAGUUAGAGAGAACUCUUAAUGUACACGAUAAAGACGUGAUCGGUUUAGCGCAUCAUCCUCAUCAAAACUUGUUAUGCUCGUAUAGCGAAGAUGGUUUAUUAAAGUUAUGGAAGCCUUGAAUGGACUAAAUGUAAGGACGUUUGAUUUUCUCUGAAUUAAAUCAAUUUUUAUGCAGUGAGAUCAUAAUGCGUUUCAAAGUUUAAGAAAUGUAAGUUUAUUUAUUUUAAAUGAUCAUCUUUACAAUGUAUUACUGGGAAUUGCUCUACUAAUUUUUAUAUUAUGAAUACAAUUGAUGAUCAGUGAAUAAUAAGUGACAUAUAUGAUUCUAUGAGCUGUGGAAGAGAAGAUACGAACCGAUGAUUUAGAACACUUUUUAUGAAAUAUUUAUAUUAUGGUUCGUUUAAUAAAAAAGAAAUUUUUAA